AUGGAUUUGCCGGACGACACCACUUUGUCAGUGAAUGUUAGCACAGGACGAGUGGUAUUGAUGCCCCGUAUUGGUUAUACUAUAAUAGCAAUUAUCAUGGCAACAUCUUGUACUUUAUCAGUCAUUUUGAAUACCACUGUUAUUGUAGUAACUAUCAAGUACAAACAGCUUCGUCAGCCCAUCAACUAUUCCCUGGUCAAUCUAGCUAUAGCAGACCUUGGAGCGGCCUUGCUGGGAGGAAGCCUGAAUGUAGAAACAAAUGCUGUUGGUUAUUACAACCUGGGUAGAGCUGGCUGCGUCACUGAAGGUUUUGCUAUGGCAUUCUUUGGCAUCGUGGCUUUGUGCACCAUAGCAGUGAUAGCUGUUGAUCGUGCAAUUGUGGUUGGCAAGCCAAUGGGAACACUUACCUUUACCACCAGGAAAGCCAUGAUUGGUGUUGCGGCUUCCUGGAUCUGGUCUCUUGUCUGGAAUACGCCUCCUCUUUUUGGUUGGGGAGGAUACCAGAUGGAAGGCGUCAUGACCUCCUGUGCUCCGGAUUGGUACAACAGUGACCCUAUUAAUGUUUCCUACAUUGUCUGCUACUUUCUGUUCUGCUUUACAAUUCCAUUUGUUAUGAUUUUGGUUUCCUAUGGAUAUCUGCUUUGGACUCUGCGCCAGGUUGCUAAAGUUGGAGUAGCACAACGAGGUUCAACAACAAAAGCGGAAACUCAAGUGGCAUGGAUGGUAAUAGUAAUGGUUAUGGCUUUUCUGAUCUGCUGGCUUCCUUACGCAACUUUUGCCUUGGUGGUUGUGGGUAAUCCUGAGAUCUAUAUUAAUCCUAUUAUAGCCACUGUUCCCAUGUACAUGGCAAAAACCAGCACUUUCUAUAAUCCAAUCAUCUACAUUUUUAUGAACAAGCAGUUCCGCAAUUGUCUUAUUAGGUGUCUUCUGUGUGGAAGAAAUCCAUGUGCUUCUGAGCAAGCAGAGGAAGACGAUCUAGAAGUUUCUACAGUUGUUCCCCCUUCCUCUUCCAAACGUGGCAAAGUUUCUCCUAUGUAG